ACACAUAUAAACCAUACGGCUCUGAUUUCAGAGUCCCCGGCUGGUAGUGGUUAAGAGUACCUGGGUACUUGGUGUUGACAUAAAGGGAGUACCUGAUUCCAAAAAUUUGGGAUAAACCCCAGAGUUCGGGGGGGGGCAGGGUGUCAACACUGGUCAAGUGAUGUCUGUGUACAUGUUAAUGUACAUGUGUGGAACUUUCUCCUAUGAGUUCACUUGCGUGAAGAUAUCCCCUUCUUAAAUUAAGGCCUCAUGACAUACAUGUAGCGUGAUCAGGGAAGUCAGACCUCCUUCUCUAAAUGUACAUGUACGAUUGAGCACCUUGAAACUUUCACAGAUCAUCUCCCCGUAGAUGUACUCCACAUUAUAUUAGCAUACUACAUGUAUACUUGAAGUUAGAGCGGCACAGCUAGUGAAAUGGCCAACAUUAUGAUAUGCAACUUACAGAAAAUUGUUCUGUAUGAAACCAAAGCACGGUUUUACGUGAUUGGUUCAAAUAACACUGAGGAUAUUUUCAGAGUGUUAAAGAUUGACAGAACAGAGCCAUGUGAUCUGCAUAUCAGUGAUGACAAGCUUGAAUAUAGUCGCUCUGAGGUCCAAAAUUUACUACGAACGUUGGAGGUUGGGAACCGACCAAAGCAACAAGGACAGAAGGGGACUGCCGGACUAGCAAGGACUGUUUCUGCGUUCGGAAUUCUUGGAUUUGUCAGCUUCCUUGAAGGACACUACAUCAUCCUCAUCACAAAACGAAGAAGAGUUGCUGUAAUAGGAGGCCACACUAUCUACAAAAUAGAAGAUUCCAGCAUGGUGUAUAUUCCUAAUGAUGCUUGCGUAGCUGCCAAGGUGCCACACCCUGAUGAGGCAAGAUAUGUCAGAAACUUCCAAAAUGUGGACCUGUCAAGCAACUUCUACUUUAGUUACAGCUAUGAUCUGACUAACACACUUCAGCAUAACCUUACACCAGUCAUUGGUGUCCCUAGUGGCACCAAAGAGCCACAUGGUCCACAAGUGUACAGACCACAACCAAUGAUGAAGUUUGUGUGGAAUGCCUUCUUAUGGAGCCACGCCUGUAAAAAUGUGCAUCCUGACUGGGUUACAUAUAUUAUACAUGGCUUCAUUGGCCAAGCCAAUGUUUGUACCUUCGGACGAUCUAUCUACAUUGCUCUGAUUGCGAGGAGGUCUAAUCAGUUUGCUGGAACCAGAUUCCUGAAGAGAGGAGCCAAUUCAGAGGGUUACGUUGCCAACGAGGUAGAGACUGAACAGAUUGUGCAUGAUGCCUCCUUGACACAUUUCAAGCGAGGGCACUAUACCUCAUUCGUUCAGGUCCGUGGCUCAGUACCAGGGAUGUGGUCUCAGGAUAUCUCCAACAUGGUACCAAAGCCUCCAAUCAACUUGGACAUGGCUGAUCCCUAUGCCCGUCUUGCUGGUGGCCACUUCAAUCAGUUGCUAGGACGAUACGGAUCACCAGUCAUUGUUAUCAACCUUGUCAAGAAACGGGAGAAGAGAAAACGAGAAGCCAUAUUGAGUGAGGAGUUAGAGUCAGCUAUCAAGUACCUGAACCAGUUCUUGCCUCCAAGGCAUUCCAUACGAUAUAUAGAACUAGACAUGGCAAGAUUUACCAAGAACCCCAAGUUGAAUGUGAUCAACAGACUGGAUGCUAUUGCCGACAUGGUGGUCAAACAGACAGGACUAUUCCUCAGUGGACCACACAUAGAACCAAGCUUACCAGUCAGACCCCAAGCAAGGUGUGUCUACCCCAAUGCUGAUGACUGCUUCACAUUCAUUAAGCAGAUGGGGACAGCUAGAACCAACUGUGUGGACUGCCUCGACCGUACCAAUACUGCUCAGUUUGUUAUUGGCAAAUAUGCACUAGGCCAUCAGCUCUUCUGUCUUGGUGUAGUUGACAGCACAACACUUAAAUUUGACACUGAUGCUGUUCGAAUGCUGGAAGACUUGUAUGAGGACAUGGGAGAUACUUUGGCCUUGCAGUACGGUGGCUCACAGCUGGUUCACAGCAUUCGCACCUAUCGUAAAGUGUCACCUUGGACCAGUCACUCCAGGGAUAUUAAACAGACAUUGUCUCGCUACUACAGCAACACCUUCUCAGAUGCAGACAAGCAAAGCGCCUUGAAUCUCUUUCUUGGGGUGUUCAGACCCCACUUGAAGGGGCCAAGUCUCUGGGAUCUACCCACUGAUUACUACCUCCAUCACAGUGAAGCUGCAGGACAGAUUAUUAACAGACCUAGUUACACCCAGUGGUUUGACAUCAGGAAUAUCCAAUCCCUGCCUCUCCCCUUCAAUGAACUGGAAAAGUCCCUCAGUCAACAGGAUCAGUCUGCCAUUCUGCAGUCCACCCCUCCUGCUGAAUGCAUUGAUCCAUACUUUGAUUACUAUCGGCCAGCUGAACUGACCUCCCUUCAGGAACUUUUCUGUAGUAACAUGCCUCACUCUGUAAGAGAUUUCAUGCCCAAGACAGCCCAAAACUUCAGUCCAUUCUCAGUACGUGUUAGCCAGUCAAAGACAAAAGAGGAAUUGUUGAGCACUGACCAGAAGGCUGCAGCUCGUGUCACUGCUGAAAGACUUGUCACUGCUGGCUCUCCUAAGACUAGUAGUGACUUACCAUCAUCAUCAGAAGGAACCAGUAGCACUGAUGAGGAGCUGUCAGAACCAAGAUCAGUUGCCAACAUUGGAGGCAAAUCCCGGAAACAGGAGAUCUACAUGGAGGAUCUAUUUCCAACCACCAAAGAAGUUUAUGGUGUGGCCAUUCAGAACCCAGAAAGACAGGAUAUCUCCAUAUAUCAGAGGUUUGUGUCUGUGGACCUCAACUCUAGAAGUAGUUGUCCUGAUGUGCAUUCUGUCAGUGGAAGGGUUAAACGAUGCAUGAAAAGAGCUACCAGACUCAUUCCAAACAGUGUCUUCUCAUUGGACAGUUCUUAUGAAGUCACUCCACCCACUCUUAGUCGAUCAUCACGAGCCAUCUAUGAGGCUUUUGUACUCAAAGGAAUGGUGGGUGCACAACCAGUCUUCUGUAAGGAUCAAGAUAUCUACAGAAAAUUUGUCAAGUAUAAAAGCAUGUAAUGUUGAGCAUCACUUUGGUCUAGGUACCAGUUUUGACUCAAGACUAUCAUACCAGCACAGUUUGUGCCAUGUCUUACAGGCUUUUUUCAAAUUUGUGGUAACAUAAUGACACCACAAAAAUGCUUGCACCCACUUACCCUACUUACACGCCUAGAGGAAACAGGCAGUGGCUUAACUUUGGUCAGAAAUAUAUUUGUACAGUAAAAUAUUAGUAACACAGAGUUUCACCCAGACAAAAACCACCUCAAAGGCUAAAAACGAAUCUUGUCCCAUCUUAUGAACUUGUUCAAUACUUAAUCCUCAUCAAGUGCAGAUGAAUCCCUUGAAUGGAGUAGAUUUGAAAUCAUUGAAGUGAUGAAAGGUGCAAUAGCUCAUUACAGUUGCUUUGUUUUCAAAGCUCCAUAUAAGAAAAGCUCUAUUGCUCUCAAGCAUGUCUGUCCUUCUCAUUUCUUAAGACUGAGCUGAGACUGAUCUUUGGCUAUUUUAAUUAAAUUACUCCCAGAUAUUUUCUUUAUUUCAGUACUUUUUUAGCAUUGGAACAAACCACUGCAUAAUACAUGUAUUGUAUUUUCCUAUAUUUUCUUCUUGUCAGCAGUUAUCAUCUUUUACUGUCUCUUGUGACUGAUAAUUUCAGUUUUCAGCUUUAUAAUAGCGCAUAUUUUGGUUAAGAUCAUUUCAUUUGUAAUAUUUUCUUUUGUUAUUAAUGCUUGUAUCAUAAAUUUGCAUUUAUGAAAUUUAAUGACCAAAAUAUAUGCAAACAAAAGUUUUUUCAAUAAAAGGUAGAUUUGAUCUCUGA